AUGUCUACUUUAUAUUUGAUAAAGAAGAGGGAAGUGGUGGCCAUCAUUGGACCAGGGAAUUCAAUGCAAGCUCCAUUUCUAAUCAACCUCGGAAACCAAUCUCAAGUUCCAAUCGUUUCGUUCGCUGCAACAAGCCCUCUUCUUGAUUCCCUCCGUAGUCCAUAUUUCAUCAGAGCCACACACGACGAUUCAGCUCAAAUUCACGCCAUUAGUGCGAUCAUAGAGUCAUUUAGUUGGAGAGAAGUUGUGCCAAUUUAUGUAGACGAUGAGUUUGGAGAAGGUAUUCUUCCUUACUUAGUCGAUGCUUUUCAAGAGAUUAACGUCCGUAUCCGAUACCGAAGCCCUAUACCGUUUCAUUCCUCUGAUGAUCAAAUCAAGAAAGAGCUUUACAGACUAAUGACCAUGCCCACUAGGGUUUUUAUCGUGCACAUGUUGCCUGAUCUCGGGUCGAGGCUCUUUUCCAUGGCAAAGGAGAUUGGUAUGAUGAGUAAAGGAUAUGUAUGGAUUGUUACAAAUGGUCUAGCUGAUCUCAUGAGUCUAAUAGGGGAAUCAAGCUUGGAAGAUAUGAAUGGUGUCUUGGGUGUCAAGACAUAUUUCUCUAGGUCAAAAGAGCUAUCGUAUCUUGAAGCUCGUUGGCGAAAAAGAUUCGGAGGCGAGGAGCUAAACAACUUUGGAUAUUGGGCUUAUGAUGCUGCCACAGCACUCGCAAUGUCCAUCGAGGAAAUCAGUAACGUAAACAUGAGUUUCAAUGAGACCAAAAACACUCCAAGAGAUGAUAUUGGGACAGAUCUUGAUGAUCUCGGUGUCGCUCUCUCUGGUCCCAAGCUUCUUCAAGCGUUAUCAAAGGUCAGUUUCAAAGGUGUUGCCGGGAGAUUUCAGCUAAAAAACGGAAAGCUAGAGGCGACGACUUUCAAGAUAAUCAAUGUAGAGGAAAGCGGGGAAAGAACGGUUGGAUUCUGGAAAUCAAAAGUUGGAUUGGUGAAGAGGUUAGGAGUGGAUCAAAUAGGCACUAACAUCUCACACAGCUCGCGUCGACUUAGACCAAUCAUAUGGCCUGGGGACACAACGUUUGUGCCUAAAGGUUGGGAGCUCCCAACAAACGGAAAGAAGCUGCGAAUAGCAGUUCCAAAGAAGGAUGGUUUCAACCAGUUUGUGAAGGUAACAAAGGAUGCAAACACUAAUGCUCCAACGGUCACCGGUUUUUGCAUAGAAGUUUUCGACACGGUGAUGAGACAAAUGCCAUAUGCUGUCCCUUACGAGUACGUCCCCUUUGAAACUCCUGAGGGAAAAUCAGAUGGAAAAUACGACGAAAUGGUUCGCAGAGUGUGUCUUGGGGAGUAUGAUGGAGCUGUAGGGGAUACGACAAUCUUAGCAAUUCGGUCUGCUUAUGUUGAUUUCGCGUUGCCAUACUCGGAGACAGGUAUUGUAUUCGUGGUGCCGGUCAAGGAUGAGAGAGAGAAAGGAGAAUGGGUCUUCCUCAAGCCUUUAACAAAGGAGCUUUGGUUGCUCACUGCUGCUGCUUUUCUCUACGUUGGAAUAAUGGUUUGGAUCUUUGAGUACCAUGCAGAAGAUGGGGAAUUUAGGGCACAGAGAAUACCUAAUAAAAUAUCUAAUGUGUUAUACUUCUCAUUUUCAACCCUGUUUUUCGCACACAAGGAACCAUCAAAGAGCGUUUUCACAAGGGCUCUAGUUGUGGUUUGGUGCUUUGUGGUGCUAAUACUGACUCAGAGUUACACAGCGACACUCACAUCGAUGCUGACGGUUCAAGAGCUUAUACCAACGGUGAGACACAUGGAUGAUCUGAAGAAGAGUGGAGUGAACAUUGGAUACCAAUCUGGUUCGUUUACAUUCGAAAGACUGAAACUAUUGGGUUUCGAUGAAUCGAGGUUAAAGACUUAUAAUUCUCCUCGUGAAAUGCGCGAGCUUUUUCUCAACAAGAGCAGCAAUGGUGGUAUUGGUGCUGUGUUCGAUGAAGUCCCUUACGUCAAGCUUUUCAUGGCUGAAUACUGCUCAGAGUAUUCCAUUAUCGAGCCUACCUUUAAGGCCGAUGGCUUUGGCUUUGCUUUUCCACUGGGAUCUCCUUUGGUGUCAGAUAUUUCAAGACAGAUCUUGAACUUAACAGAGGGAGAGACUAUGAGAGCUAUUGAGAAGAAGUUGUUGGUUGGAGAAAAGAAUUGUCUGGACACGACCACAUCGGAUUCUCCAAUCCAGCUCGAUCACCAUAGCUUUCGAGCACUGUUUCUAAUCGUCAUAGUUGUAUCUAUGCUUCUACUCUUGAUCAUGUUGGUUCGUAGAAGAAUAGACCAAGAGAGACCAGGCAACGAAGGUCCAGCUGGUCCGCCAGGCAAUGGGCCUGAUGGCCAAGCCAACGCAGGAGAUGGUCAAAACCGUGAUGUGGCUUUGGCUGGUGAGGAAGUCAAUGAAAGAGUUAAUGUUGGAGCUGGAGAUGAAGCAGAUGGUGGUGAUCAGCACCAUAUUGUGGAGGUCAAUGGGGAAGGUGAUGUUGGAGAUGGAGAUGAAGCAGAUCAUAUUGAGGAAGUCAAUGAAGAAGGUAAUGUUAGAGAUGGAGAUGAAGCAAAUCAUAUUGUGGAAGUCCAUGAAGAAGGUAAUGUUGGAAGUGGAGAUGAGGCAGAUCAUGCUGUGGAGGUCAAUGAAGAAGGUAACGUUAGCAAAUUAAAAGCCUCAUGUGCAGUUAAGUCCUAA